CAGGAUGUGGAGGAUAUCAGAUGUGCCUUGGAGCGCUGCAGACCCCGGCUGGAGGGCUGGGCGGCGGCGCGGCGGCUGCUGAGCGCCCAGACGCUCUGCGGCCGCUGCUGCAUGCCAUGGUGGUUCGGCCGGUACCGCGCCGAGCUGCGGCCGAGGCCGGACGCCACCAAGCCGCUGCGCCGCCUGCUAAACAAGCGCCGCCAAGGCCGGCCACUGGGCCGCCUGCAGACCCGCCUGCUGGACCGCUUCCUGGCCGCGCGCGACUGCCUGAUUCUCGAGUGCAAGCUGUGCAGUUACGUGACGCGCCUGCCGCUGCGGGCACGGCGGGAGCGCGCGCCAGUCGAUUCACCGAAGCUGGAGCACGCGCAGCGGCGUCUGCAGAAGAUGCUCUUGCAGUCAGACAAGAGAACGUCGGACACGGGCCUCAUGGCGUUCCUCUCGCAGGUCUGA